AAAGCUGUCUUUGAGCAGCAAAGCCAAGAAAACCAUUCGGCAGAUUUGCCAGAGACUCCCUCUAUUAGUAUGACUUCUAUUAUAUAGACACGUAUGUACGUUAGCCGCCCUGACACACACUGCCUGCUCAAGAGAAAAUUGAAAAUAUCUUCUUUCAAGACAUAUGAUAUUGAUAGCAAUUACAAGGAUUUGAAUUGUGAAUAUCAAUUCUUUUCCAGAUGUUUGUGACUGAUCGAUGGGCGUGGAGUAGUAAAGAUGGCAAGCAGCAUCUUCCAAAGGAGUCGUUUCAGUUACCAUCAGUUGAAUGGAUAUGGGAAGGAGAUUGGUACAUAGAUCAUGGAAUCGAUGCUGAUAAUGAUGGUUGGCAAUAUGCUCUUGACUUUCCAAGAACCUAUCAUUCAAAACAAAGCAAAGUUUCUUGUGUUAGAAGACGACUUUGGUCAAGAUACUACAGAUUUGAUGGCUAUGAUCGGUGGAUUAAGGUUCCUGGUCUUAAUGAAGAUCCAGUUAAGCAACCAUUUCAAGAUAUUGCUGUUGGUGGGACAGCUAUUCCUGGACAGGAGCCAGGCUACUUGGCUGUUUGGGCUGUCACUUUUCAUGGAAAGGUUAUUUACCGUUCUGGAGUGUCAGAAAAAUGUCCUGAGGGUGACAAGUGGAUAGACAUACCCUCCCCCCAAGUCAGCAUUUUUCAACUGUCUGUGAGCCCAUCAGGGGUGGUGUGGGGAGUUACCUGGGAGGGUGUGGCUGUGGUAAGGGUUGGUGUCUCUUAUUAUGAACCAACUGGAUCAGCUUGGGAAAAAGUUGCAUCACCCAUUAUAUCAGCAGAAGUGGGACCUUGUCAGCUUUUACAAGUGUCUGCAGGCAUGAACAGUGUAUGGGCCCUGACAAAAGAUGGCCAGGUUUGGUUUAGGAAGGGUGUGUCUAGGACAAAUGACCAAGAAAAGGCUGUGACUGGAUCAAGAUGGGUGGAAAUGGUCGGAAAAUUUUCCCUCAUUACCGUGGGAUUGAAUGAUCAAGUGUUUGCCCUCAGUACUCUGGGAGACCACAUCUAUUUCCGUACAGAUGUGACGCCAAAUGAACUCGUAGGAAGAACAUGGAAGGUUGUACAUAUGAACAGACCUCAGAUAUCAUGCAGCCAAGCCACCAGCAUGGAUACACUCAGUUCUGUAGAUAGCAGCAGCAGCAGCAGCAGCAGCAGUCAGGCUAAUGAAAGUGUAUUCACCGAGUAUGACGAUAGAUAUAGUCUUGAAGCUACCUGCAGUCUUCCUUCCAAUAUCGAAUUCUUGACUUGGCUAAGUAGCGGCGCCUGUGAAGUGGACUCUUCCAUAUUUACCGAGAUCAGCGGCAGUCUUUUGUCUUCAGCUAGCAGCAUGAAUCUUAUAAGUCUGAGCAGUAGGGAUGCUGCUUGGAGGAAGAGCUUAAUCCAGAGACUGCGUGCGCGGGACCAAACAGAAACAAGCCGCUUUGUGGAGCAAUAUGAGGAAGCUAUUUCACAGGGUGAAUGGUGUAAAAAGUCUCGUUUUCAAAUGCUACUCGAUGCGGAUUCUAACCUAUGGUACGAGUGUGUGGUAAAACUCGACCAAGGAGCCGAGGGACGAGAAGGAGCAUUGCUUUGUUACUACGAGAAAAACUCUGUUUACGAAGAAAUGCGGAUUGCUUUGCGGGACAUAAUAUGCGUUUGUGUAAUUCACAAAAUGUCGCGGAAUCACUGUUUUGCCAUUCAUACUCCUCUACGAACUCAGGAACGAAACCCUCUGGUGAUCCACACAGGUAGUGAAAAGGACCUUAAUGACUGGCUCACGUCAAUGUCAAGGGCUAUUUCACGGGUACAUGACUGCGAGGGGUCCGCUUCAUCGAGAGCGAUCUGGGCGACAUCUCUCUGUGGUGACGUUUUCUUUUGCGAGCCGCCUGUACUAGAAAGUGAGAUGCAGCCAACUCAACUCUUUUGGCGCCAGAUUGGCGGGCACAUGCAUAAAGUGGAAGGAGGAAUGUCGGGAGUGGUGUGGGCGGUCGGUUUCGACGGGAUGCCAUAUUAUUACUCUGGCGGGUACGGCGGGGGUAUUUUUACCGGUUUUGACAGUAGCGUCUCUGGGAUUCAUCAGCAGGAGGAUUAUGAUUGGCAUUAUAUUUAUGAGAAUCAACGCUGGAAUCCAUUAGAAGGAUACUCUGAUAGACGCUUACCAAGUGACCGAUGGAACUGGAGCGAUGAGAGCGGAGUUUAUGAACGAACAAGAGAAGGAUAUGCUCUUCCAUCCAGUCAGUGGCAGUGGGCAGAUGAACAAUGGACAGUGGAGACUAAGCCUAACAUAACUGACAAGGAUGGCUGGCAGUAUGCUGUGGAUUUUCCAAGAAGUUAUCACCGUGAGCGAGGCUGGAAUGACUAUGUGAGGCGAAGACGGUGGAAAAGACGUUGUAAACUGACAACAACUGGUCCAUGGAUUCAAGUGACACCUCAAGUGAGACUGCGUGACGUAUCGAUUCAAAUCGAUUUACUUGACGGCUUGAUAGCGGUGUGGGCUGUGGGGACAAAAGGUGAUGUCCUAUACCGACAUGGUGUCACAGGAGAUUGCCCACAGGGCACAGCGUGGGAGCACAUUUUAACAGAUCUGCCUUUUAUCAGUAUCUCUGUUGGAUCUAAGAGAAGGGUCUGGGGAAUAGCUGAGAAUGGCACCGCCUAUUUCAGGGCAGGAUUUGGAGAAAAGCAGAUCACAGGGGACAGGUGGUUUCACAUAAGUGAAAGGCCUCCUCAUCUGUAUCAAGUGUCUACUGGAAAGACAUCAGUGUGGGCUCGCGAGAAAGAUGGUACAUGCUGGUAUCGUCAGCACAUCACGGAUACCUACCCAGAAGGCACUGCGUGGCAGUCUCAACAAUUUCAGGUGGCGUCUCUAUCUGUGGGACCUAACAACCAUGUUUGGAUGAUCAACCGAAACUCAAUUGAAAGGCGCUACAAAGUAACAGCAAGUGACCCACUAGGGAGGGGCUGGGAGGUCAUCUUAUCAGAGUGCUGGCGAUGGAUUAGUGUCAGGGCUGCCAUUGGACCGGAUGAAGAUGUGGACGAGGCGGAAGACAUAGUCAAGGCCGAAGUUCUCGUCUCAGGGCCCAACAGUUUGCUUGCAAAACUCGACCUCAGUGAGGUGGAUAUUUACAGCAUGUACGGUCAGAAUGACACCGUAGAAACGCCCGGCAGCGAAAUAGAAGAAGAUGAGUUGUUUAACGGAACAAAAAAUGCGAAUGGCAACGACAGAGAAACAUAAAUUCCUGUCGUGUAGCCUUCUUCGGUUGUAUAGUUUAGUACCAUCAAACUAUUCGAGUGGAAGGAAAAUUUGAAUUUUCGUUUUACGAGGAAAUGGGGAGAUGCUGCUUUCUCUCGUUUUCGAAAAUUACCUUAUGUUUACCGAAGUAAUGACCAAAGCAUACUACUUAUUUCAAACGCUUUCAGUUUUUCAAGUGGACUUUCUUUGCGCAUUGCUAACACAUUAGAUUACGGGUUCUGUUGUCGGCAUAUUUCCAGUUGUACCAUUUAUAGAAUUUGCCAUUUAUGGAAUAGGCCAUUUCCAAUUUACCUUGUACCUCUGUUUCAAUACGAUUCCUCGUUCAAAACCUUUCAUAUGGAAAG